AUGUUUGGCUCGUUCGGUGCUCAGCCCGCGGCCCAGCCGGCCGCGUCUGGCUUCUCGUUUGGCGCGCCGGCCGCAGGGUCCUCGACCUCUGCCUUUGGCAGCAGCAGCACGCCGGCGACGGGCGGCUUUGGCGCCCCGGCGGCGCAGCCCGCGUCCACGGGCUUCUCCUUUGGUGGCGCAGCGACGACACAGCCGGCGACUUCCUUUGGUGGCUUCGGCGCCGCCGCCUCGACGCCCGCUGCGGGAUCGACCGGUGGCUUUGGCUUUGGCAGUACCUCGUCGACUGCAACGACCGCGUCCUCGACACCAAGCUCUGGCUUUUCUUUCGGCGCGACGCCCGCCGCUGCCCCGGCCAGCACGGGUGCCUUCUCGUUCGGUGGCUCCACGACGCCCUCGACCUCGACGCCUUCGACGGGCUUCUCCUUUGGCGGCGCCGCAGCCACGCCGUCGACGCCGUCCACGUCUACGUUUAGCUUUGGCGGCAACAACACGACAGCGGCGCCUGCAACGGGUGGCUUUGGCAGCGGCUUUGGUAGCACAUCGACGUCCAGCUUCUCGUUUGGCAAUGCGGCGGCCAAGCCCUCGGGCUUCGGCGGGUUUGGUGCCGCCGCGCCGGCCGCGCCUGCAUCCGGUCUCUUCCAGCUCAACGCGGCCUCGUCGACCAACGCCUUUCCCGGCGCCACGAACGCGCUCGCGGCCGCGACGUCGGCGGCGGCCAACUCGCCAAUGGAGAGCCUCACGGGCAUCCGCAUGGCGUACAUGGACCCGCAGCAGUCGCGCUUCAAGCACAUGCUCUACAACGCCGUCGACCCUGCGCAGAAGCAUCUGUACGUGCGGCCGGCGCACAUUAGCGAGAAGCUUUGGACACAAGCACAGCGCGACAACCCGGACCCGGCCAACUGCGUGCCCGCGGCCGUCAUUGGCUUCAAGGAACUCUCGACGCGCAUCAAGCUCCAGCAGGAGCACGCCGACAAGUUUGCUACAUAUGCCGAAGACAUGGUGACGCAGGUCAAGGAGAUGGAAAAGACGUCACGCGAAACCGACGUCAAGCUCGCGCAGUGUCGCCACCAGCACGUCGCGCUCUUCCAUCGCCUCAUUCAGCUCAUGCGAAAGCUGGAAGUCUUCAAGAACCUCCGCAAGCCGUUGCACGCGGACGAAGUGAAACUCUUGGAGACGCUCAAGAAGGUGGCCAGCAUGCUCGACAACCCAACGCAGUUCAAGGCCCGCAUGAACGAACUCAUGGCCCUCCAGGCGAUGCAGGCGGCCAAGCCGCACCCGGACCAGGAGCAAUGCCAGCUCUCGGAGCAAGACCUGCACCUCGUCUUUGGCAUCAUGGACCGGCAGCGACAAGGCCUCGAGCAUGUCACCAAGGUCCUCUCGCAGGACAUGCGCGAUGUCGAGAUCAUGCAAAAGGCGCUGGCCGACGACGAAUACUAA